CUGCUAAGUAGAAUCAAAAUCAGCAACUGAAAUACGCAUUAAUGCCGUACGGACCCCGUCUGCAAAUUGGAGUUAAUAAAUGAAUGACCCGACUCCACUCCACUCCACUCCACUGUUGGCGGACGGAGAGAGAAGAGGUCAGUCAGUCUCAAGUCUCAGAGAGAGAGAGAGAGAGAGAGAGAGAGAGAAAGAGAGGGAGAGUUAAAUCAUCGGCAGCUCGCGAGGCGAACAUAGGUCAUUUUCUGAUUUUGCGUGGAUCUAGGGGAUCUUCUCAUCGGCGAACACCUUGCAUCGCUUCAAUUUCAAUUUCAAUGCCGGUGAGUCUGAAUUUUGGAGAAACGGUUCGUCGAUAGGUCUGCAUCGUCUCUUGCUUUUUCUACAUUUUCUGUUGUUGUUGUUGGUGAUGGUUGGGGUUUCGAGAUUGUUUUUUUGCUGGUUUGCCCCCUUUCGUCUUCCCCUUGCUCUGUCGUACUGUGUUUCUGGUGAUUUUGUUUUUAUUCUGCAUAUACUUUCGCUUAAGGCUGUGGAAUUCUUCGUUAAGUCAGUAAUCUCUGUUCGAUCUCUCUCUCUCUCUCUCUCUCUCUCUCUCUCUCUCUAAUACGCCAUUUUUUAAAUUCAAAUCGAGAUGCAAAAGCAAACAAAACAUGGCAGAGUAUAUAUAUAGUUGGAUUGACAUUUAGAUAUGCCGAAAGAAUUUUCUGUCUGUUUGUUCUUCACCUUCACGGACGGCUUAUUUAUCAUUGUUUGUUUUCUUCCAUGGAUUUUUCAGCUUCUGCAGGAUUGCUUGCAUUUGUCACCAUCCACUUGCUCAAUUGAAUUCUGAUGAUGACGAUAACCUAAAUAUAUAUAUAUACAUUACAUUUGGCAUAUGACAAAUGUUCGUCCUUAGAGCGGCUGAAAUUCGAUUCGAUUCAAUUCGUCACUAAUUUGACUCUUCCUUGUGGGGCUUCUUUCAAAUAUGCCUCAGGACAGCCUGAGAUCUACUGUCUACAGAUCAUUCGUAACCUGCGACGAUCCUAAAGGCAUCGUCGAAUGCAGCACUCCGAUCAAAAGAUCCAAAGCCAAAAUCAAAGAUAGCCAUAGGAGAGGUAGUUCGAGCACCUCAACAUCCUGCGAGGAAGAAAGUAAGGAUCUACAAAACCUCUCCUCGUAUCAGAUCAAAGAGGUCUCCGAGGAGGCUCGGAAAUUAAACAAUGUCAUUGGGUCGUGGUCGUCUCACGAAUCGAGCAAGUUCAUCGCAAAAGACCUGUUGAAAGGAGCUCUUCAUCUGCAGGAGUCUCUAAUGGUGCUCGGGAAGUUGCAGGAAGCUUCACAAAUUGUAGCUAAAUCGAAGAAAGGGCGGAAUGUAACAACUCGAUCGAUGGAUUCUAGUCGAUACGGAGAUGACGACAAGAAGAUGUCCUGCCUGAAAUCUGACCCUUCUUCCCGGGAUUGCUACGACGAGCUGAGGGAUGUAAUAACCGAAAGCUUUGCCAGGCAAAAUCUGUUGCCGAAAGUCGAUUCUCUCGACAGGAAAAGCUUGGAUUUAAGUAUGGAUUUUCCCUCCAGCAGUUCGAGCCAGUCGUCAAUGAUUCCAGGGCACUCUUCGGAGUGUUCUCCGCUCGAGUCGAGCGUUCGACAUGGCAAGUCGCGUGGUUCUAAUUUGAUCGCCAAGCUUAUGGGAUUGGAGGAAGCGCCUUCGAAACCGUUUAUUAGUCCUGUCGGGCAUAAACCCGGAAAGUUAACAAAUCCGAGGAACUAUUUAGUCGAUAUCGACCUGGCGAGGCCGAGGAAGCCUCUGCCGAUGGUCCAAAAAUCGGUUACGGAAAGAAGAACGUUGGAAGAAAUGAUAGAGACAAUGCAGUUUAAAGGGCUGCUUGGGAGAAGCAUCGAAGGAUCCGACCAUGGUGAUGAUUUUCCGGGUGUUUAUCAAUCAAGAGGACGAUCAUCAGCUGUUGAGGAUCCACCGAUUGUGAUCAUGAAGCCUCGGCAAGUGCCUGAUCUUCGAGCAAGAGAGUUUGAUUCAGAUUAUGAAGACAAACCUAUUGACAGUAAGCGAAUGUCUCGAAAACAGGCUGAGGAAUUUCCGUAUAGAGCGUUCGAUGUUGCGAGAGCACGAAUGAAGCUCUACGAGAUGAACGAAAAAUCUACGAUUGGGACAGCUCCAAAACGAAAGAUCAGAGAGAAUAAGGAGGCGUGGCUGUCGGGAGAAUCAUCUGCAAGACUCGUCAAGAAAACUCCGGACAUCCAAAAUAGUACGUCGACGAAGAUCAACCAUUGCAAGAGCUUGCCUGCAAAAGUGCAGGGAAAAGGAUCCGUGAAAAAGAUCGACAACAAAGAGGAUUGUCAUAAAAGAAGACCUGCCGGAAAUGGCGACAAAUGUCUAGAACCUGCUAAAACUCCGGACCAGGCGAAAACUACGACUUCAAAGACUAUCAAAGCUGCAAGAGGAUCUAAUGUCGGAAAAGUGCAAGCCGUACGAGGUGAAAAAACGGCGAAAGAAAAACACAUGAAACCAAAAUCUUCAAAGUCGGGUAUCCCUGAAAACACUUCACCGAAAAGUAAACCUCAGUGUAAUGCUUCGGCUGCUCCGGUUGAAAAUAUGCAAAUCGAUCAAAAUUCGCCUACCUGCGCUGCGAGUUGUGUCCCGGACUCAGCAAGGAGUUCAACAUUAGAAGAAACCAUCAAGCAAGCGACGAAUCCUGUGCCAGAUGAAUUUGGAGAUGCAUCAUGUUCUUUGUGCGAAUCUUCUGCGCCAGCCAUUACGGUUGAUGUUGAACAUACUGAAUAUCGAAUAUGCAGCACUCCUGCGCCAGCCAUUACGGUUGAUGUUGAUCAUACUGAAGAUCGAAUCUGCAGCACUCGCGGUAUCUCAAAUGGUUGCAGGAACAUGAGCAAUACAAGAUACCUACUUCUGAGCAGCAAGUCGUUUCUCAACCUCGCAACGAAGAUCUCCGGCACCAAACUUUCAGACUCUACAAUCUCGCCGACAACUUGGUUCCCUGCCAGCGAUAUCCAAACUCUUGACGCCUCCGUUGUGCUCGACUGCGCUGAAGAAAUUCUGGAACACAAAAGGCAUCACCAUGGAAAUGCAUUAAGAUGUGGUGGCUUAUCUCUCGGUCAGCUGGCGGAAGAAGUUGCCAACGAAAUCGAAGAACUGAGGAGCUACAGCAAAGCGUGUGGUGAAUCAAUUCUAUCAGAUAGAAUAAACGCAAUGAUGAGAAAGGAUCUAAGCUCAAAAGGAGGAGUAACAGGCAAUUGGGAAUUGGGAUGGAGGAACUGUCUCAGUGUCGAUCAAAUCAACGAAGUAGCGAUCGAUGUAGAGAAGCAAAUAUUGAGCCAAAUGAUGGAGGACAUUGUUGCACACCUUAUAUUACAGUGCAUAUGCUAA